UAAUAAAUUGAAUGUGAACUUCGUUAGAAUAAAACAAUAACUCAAUGCAAAACCAAAAAUACAAACAUGAACGAACUGUAAACGUCAAGUGGUCUAAACGUCGUUGAACGUAAAAAGGUAACGUCAUCACGUUACGCACGCCAUGUUGUUUUCCCAGUGCCCCGAGCAGAACCGACCUGAGCCGAGCGGAGCCGAGCGGUAUCACGGAAACUGCUGCGGAGACGAGGAGUAAACAUCCCUGCCGACUGCGAUUCGCUCCCCGCCGCCUGAGACCGACAGCCCGCCGGCGGAGCUCCACUGACGGCCGCCAUGUCUGAGACCUACGACUUCCUCUUCAAGUUCCUGGUGAUUGGCAGCGCCGGUGCAGGGAAGUCCUGCCUCCUCCACCAGUUUAUAGAGAGCAAGUUCAAGCAGGACUCCAACCACACCAUCGGGGUGGAGUUCGGCUCGCGGGUUGUGAACGUCGCCGGGAAGACGGUCAAACUGCAGAUCUGGGACACGGCCGGCCAGGAGCGCUUCAGGUCGGUGACGCGCAGUUACUACCGAGGGGCGGCUGGCGCCCUGCUGGUCUACGACAUCACCAGCCGGGAGACGUACAACGCGCUGACCAACUGGCUGACGGACGCCCGCACGCUGGCCAGCCCCAACAUCAUCAUCAUCCUGUGUGGCAACAAGAAGGACCUGGACGCCGACCGCGAGGUCACCUUCCUGGAGGCCUCUCGCUUCGCCCAGGAGAACGAGCUCAUGUUCCUGGAGACCAGCGCUCUGACCGGGGAGAACGUAGAGGAGGGCUUCCUGAAGUGUGCCCGCACCAUCCUCAACAAGAUAGACUCAGGUGAGCUGGACCCAGAGCGAAUGGGCUCCGGGAUCCAGUACGGCGACGCCUCCCUGAGGCAGCUCCGCCAGCCCCGGGGGGCGGGGCCCGCACAGAUCAAGCAGCAAUGUAACUGCUAGGGGGGGGGCCCUCCGGGGACCGGGGCCGGUGAGCAGGAGCCCCCCGGUGGGGCGGUGACCUCUGCCCUGUGACCUCUGCCCCCGGCCCGGGCGGGGAACUCCUGACUGAACAUGCAAGGCUGGUGAAGAACCUCCGGAGAAGAUCCAUGGACCUCCUCCUCCUCUCCUUCAGACCUCCUCCUCCUCCUCCCCC